AACAAUUUAUGCUCAGAAUUGGAAAACACUGACAAAUUAUUUUCCACAAAGCAGUGUUUUAAUUAUUAUAUUUCAAUCUGUGCUCAUAAACAAGUAUUUACUCAUUAUUCUGUAAGUACAUACAUUCAUUUAAUGUUCUUGUUUUUUUGUGCUAAUUAAAAAGAAAACCUGAAAUGAUAGUUGCACGUAAUAAAAUGUAUAAUUUAACUCCCUAUGAACCACAUACUAUAAUUGUCUAGGCAAAAAAUAACAAACACAUAAAUUGGGAAUGAUAAAAUUCAACAAUACAUUUCCUGUAUUCUAAUUCUCCCAUCAGUGAAGAGAUUCAUAUGUACAAAUGGAGGAAAUCAUACACGUAUACAGAAAGAAGUGAGGGCUAAAUAUCAUAAAACUGUUUAUUGUACCUUACAGUUUUUUCAGAUAAAAAGUCCAGUUAAAAUCAGUCAUAAUGCAAAUGCAUACCUAUAUUAUUAAGCUUAAAUUUCUUUGUAAGCAUCAUUUUUUACUUGUCAGGAUUUGGCAGCAGAAUGCCCCUGGGAACAGGAUAUUGAGGCAAAAUGAUAACAUGAAUCUCAAGCAAAAAGUCAAUAAUAUGCACAACUUAUCCCAUGUCUUAUCAAAACUAAAUAACACACUGAUCAGAAACUAUAGAAUAUAAUUUGCUUUGUAUUAUUCAAUAAUAUAUUCAUUGCUUCCAGAAGUAAUACAACGUUUUUUCAAGCCAACUGUGAUUUUUGAGAAACAUAGUAAUUGGCGUUAUUUUGUGUCAACGUUAAUGUUUUCAAAACUAUCAAUUGCUUAACCCUGCAUCUUGCUGCUUAGUAUCCUUAAGAGUGAUGCUUCUUCCACAUUAAUUUAAAUAUGUAUUGAGACUUUGGCCCAUUAAAACUAUGCUUUCUGAAGUAAAGUAAGGUACAGAGACAUUAAACAACAUGUACAAAGUGAUAUCCUUCAUGAAUGGAGUCUAGAUUCUAACCAGAAGUUUUUCAGUUGAUGUUUAAGGAUUUUAAAGUAUUGCCAAUAAAUGAAAGGCUCUUUAAAGAAUGAGAAACAACUGAAUAAUAUUCUGCAGUUAAAAGCAAAAAUUGUAGGUGCAGAAAGUCAUCUAUCUUGGAGAUAAUUUGAGGAUUAUGCAGAAAUAUUAAACAUGUAUCUAUUUUAACAAUUUUUCUUUAGGUUACAAGAGAAAAAAGAAGAAUGGACAGAGGAAAUUGCUCCUCCUUGAGAGAAUUCAUUUUCUUGGGAAUCACCAAUAACACUGACAUCAAAGCAACCCUUUUCACCAUUUUUCUACUUGUUUACCUCAUUAAUUUCCUGGCAAAUCUUGGAAUGAUCCUAUUAAUCAGAAUGGAUUCCAAGCUCCACACUCCCAUGUACUUUUUCCUCAGCAACCUCUCUUUCUCUGACCUGUGCUGUUCCUCUGCAAUCGGACCCAAGAUGCUGGUGGACCUCUUAGUUGAGAGGAAAUCGAUUCCCUUUGUUGGCUGUGCUCUGCAGUUCUUCACCGUAAUCAUGUUUGUAGAUGCAGAGUGCAUGCUGCUGGCGGUGAUGGCCUUUGACAGGUACAAGGCCAUCAGCAACCCCCUCCUGUAUACAGCCCACAUGUCCAGCAAGAUGUGCUCCCGAUUUCAGGCUUGGAUUUUCCUGGUGGCAUUGGCAGAUGCCUUGAUAAAUACAGUACUGGCAUUCUGCUUGUGUUUCUGUGGGUCCAAUGAAAUUAAUCAUUUCUUCUGUGAUGCCCUUGCUCUCCUUCUACUAUCUUGCUCAGACACAUGGAUCAAUGAAUGGGUGAUAUUUAUCAUUUUUGGGUUUAUUGAAUUGAGCACCAUCUCAGGAGUCCUUGUUUCUUAUUGGUACAUCAUUUUAUCUGUCUUAAAGAUCUGCUCUGCUGAAGGGAGGGUCAAGGCUUUCUCCACCUGUGCCUCCCACCUCACUGCUGUUGCCAUAUUCCAGGGAACUAUUCUCUUCAUGUACUUCCGGCCCAGUUCUUCCUACUCCUUAGAUCAGGACAAAAGGACCUCACUGUUGUACACUCUGGUGAUUCCCAUGCUGAACCCUCUGAUUUACAGCCUACGGAACAAGGAUGUGAAGAAGGCUCUAGAAAAGCUGAGAAGUAAAAGGUGGUUUUAA